AUGGAGCGAUUCGAGACUCGCCAAAGGGUCCAUUCCCGUUCCAGCGUUCCAAGCCUCUCCCCCCGCGCGCAAGCCCGUCGCGCCAGUGGCCAUGGCGCGGAAGAAGUCCGGCUUCGCACAGCUUCUGUCCAAGGGUUCCCUCCACACGCCCCCAUGCCGAAUGGCACCAUAACGAGGAAUGCUGCCAGCCCUACCCUCCCCAUGCCGAGCCCGCCAGUGGAGUCGUGCCCCAAGGCCCCCUUGAUUCCCCGCCAGCGCCCGCCAGCAGAGUCGCGCCCCAAGGCUCCUCUGAGGCGCGGAAAGCUGUCCCCCAUGCGCGCAGUGCCCCCCCACAUCCCGCGCCCGCCCUACGCUGACAGCGGCAUCUCCCCACCCUUCACUAUGGAGCCCCAGGUGCAUGGGGAGGAGGGCCAGAGGCGCAUGAGGGAGGCGGGGCAGCUGGCAGCACGAGUGAGAGACCACGCCGGCACGCUUGUGAAGCCCGGCGUGACAACAGACGAGAUCGACCGAGCGGUGCAUGAGAUGAUCAUAGAGGCGGGAGCAUACCCCUCGCCGCUCAACUACGCGGGCUUCCCCAAGUCGGUGUGCACGUCCGUCAACGAGUGCAUCUGCCACGGCAUUCCUGACUCGCGGCCUUUAGAGGAUGGGGACAUCAUCAACAUUGACGUCACAGUGUACCUUAAUGGCUACCACGGAGACACGUCCAAGACAUUCUACUGCGGCAACGUCUCUAAUGCUGCCAAGAAGCUCGUGGAGGUGACAGAAGAAGCACUGAAUGCAGCCAUUGCAAUCUGUGGGCCCGAUGCAGAGUUCAAAAAGAUCGGCCAUGCCAUUCAUGCCAUGGCAGACAAGCACAGCUACGGGGUGGUGAGAAAGUUCAUCGGCCAUGGUGUGGGAUCCGUCUUCCAUGCCGGCCCUGCUGUGCUGCACUAUCGUGAGUCUGCCCUUCACCUAUCCCCCACUCUUACCGCACCCUGCCCCCACCCUGGCCUGCACACCACUGUCUUCCAUGCCGGCCCUGCUGUGCUGCACUAUCGUGAGAUCGCCCCUCCUGCCCCCUCCUCUCCCCCGCUCAGCCUAUUCUCCCUCUCUCACCCUCAUCCUCACCUGUUCAUCGGCCAUGGUGUUGGCUCCGUCUUCCAUGCCGGCCCUGCCGUGCUGCACUACCGUGAGUUCAGCCCCCUGACCCUCCUCUCGCCUCCUCCCGCCACUAAUCUGCCUGGUACACUCCCCUAUUCGCCCCCGCUUAAACCCCUUACUCACCUCUUCAUCGGCCACGGUGGCCCACCGUGGCCCCACUCCUCUCACCAGUCUCCCUCACAACCUCCCUCAUUCACCAGCACAGGCAUCGGCCUGACCCCAGUGCUGCACUCUCCUGACAAGAGCUGUUCCCCACUCCCCGCCCCCACCCUCUCUCCCACAUCUCUUUCUCCCUCCCAUCCCACCCUCUUUUCACUCUCUGAUCCCCUGUACGCAUCACUUUUGCAAGUCCUGCUUCUACACUCUUUUGCUCUACUCUCUUCUUUUUUCCUCUCUGCUUGUCCCCUUUCUGCUUCUCUCGCCUUCACUUCUCUCCUGCACCCAUUUCUCCUGCACCCCUCUCUCCUGCACCCCUCUCUCCUGCACCCCUCUCUCCUGCACCCCUCCCUCCUGUGCCCCUCUCCCCUGCGCCGCUCUCCCCUGCACCACCAGGCAACAACGAGGCAGGGCGCAUGCAAGUGGGGCAGACAUUCACCAUCGAGCCCAUGUUCACGAUGGGGGGGGUGCGGGAUGUGA